AUGACUUCAUUAGGACCUGGUCUGAAAGAGGCUUCUAAGAACCUCCCAUCCUCCUUCGAUUGGAGCAAAGGGAAUCUUCCCAAGAAGCUCUUCAUCAACAACGAGUAUGUCGAGUCAAAGAACAACAAGAAGCUGUCACUGCACAACCCUAUAGACGGUUCCGCAGUCGCAGAUGAUGUUGCUCUCGCUGGCGAGGCAGACGUCGAUGCGGCAGUGGCAGCUGCCGAAGCCGCGUUCCCAAUUUGGAAGAAGACACCCCCUAACACACGCCGAGACAUCAUGAACAAGUUCGCAGACCUCCUCAACCAGAACGGGCUUGCCCUGGCUGAGCUGACGCGCCUGACCCUCGGAGCUCCCUUUGGGUCUUUCGGUUCUUUUGAAAUUAAUCUCGCAUGCGAAGGUUUCCGUUACUUUGCUGGCUGGACAGACAAGUUCCCCGGUGAGACGUAUCCCCAGGAAGACGGCUUCAUGAAGAUUGUACGCAACGAGCCGCUCGGCGUCACCUGCGGCAUCAUCCCCUGGAACGGCCCCUUGGGCAACGUCGGCAUGAAGGCGGGCCCGGCCCUGGCAACAGGCAACUGCUUCAUCCUCAAGCCUUCCGAGAAGACCCCGUUCGCCGCCCUAGCCCUGGGAACCCUCAUCAAAGAAGCUGGCUUUCCGCCUGGCGUCUUCCAAGUUAUUUCUGGCGACGGCAGUACGGGCGCCCUCCUAGCGAGCCACAUGCGCGUACGCAAGGUCAGUUUCACGGGGUCUACCUCAACGGGCCGCAAGAUCCAGGAGAUGGCUGCCAAGAGCAACCUCAAGCGCGUCACGCUCGAGCUCGGCGGGAAAAGCCCUGCCGUAGUCUUCGACGACUGCAACCUCGACAACGCCGUGUCGUGGUGCGCGAACGCUAUCACGGCCAACACGGGACAGGUCUGCUUUGCGGCAAGCCGAGUGUACGUACAGGCGGGCAUCUACGACAAGUUCGCCGCGGCGUACAAGGCGGCCAUGGAGGAGAAGGCUCGCGGUGUCGGAGAUCCCAAUGAAGAGGGAACUAUCAUUGGCCCACUGGUUGAUCAGGCACAGUUCGACCGUGUUCGAGGCUUCAUCGAGCGCGGGCAGCAGGGUCAGGGGACGCUGCUCGUCGGAGGCGGCCGUGUUGGUGAGAAGGGUUACUACGUACAGCCGACUGUGUUCGAGAAUGUUGCACAAGACGCCGAGCUUUGUCGCGAGGAGAUCUUUGGGCCUGUCGCCAUACUCAACCGUUUCGAGACGGAAGAAGAGAUUGUGGCCAAGGCAAACGAUACCAACUUUGGACUGAUGGCUGGCGUCUUCACGCAGGACAUUAACAAGGCGAUGCGCGUGGCGUCUGAUAUCGACAGCGGCAUGGUCGGCAUCAAUUGUGUCAGUCUUUGCUUCCUGACGGCGCCUUUUGGUGGCAGCAAGGAGAGCGGCUCUGGUCGUGAGAACGCGAUCAACGCACUUCGCAUGUUCACGGAGCCCAAGACCGUAAUGGUGAAUUUGACGUACUAG